AUGGCGUUUGUAUUGAUGCGUGUUUAUCACCUGAUCUCCUGUAUUUGUGUCUGCAGUGGCAUCACAGCACUAGAUUUCUCAAACUCCGUGGAUCUGCGGCUCCAGACUGACGUCACAUCAGCACGAGCUCUUCCUUCUGCUCAGAAAUACAUACAGCAGGGUCUCCUGUCGCCCUCUGCCUCGCCUUAUCAGGUCGAUCUGAUCAGCGUUGCAGAAAUCGUUCACAUGCUGCUGUUUGAUCGGCCAAUGAAAGUGACUCAGGAAAACUCGGCCUGGAGUUUAGAUGAAGGAUCCGGAUCUCAGCACUGCUCUCCCGUCGAGCCGUUAUGGAAGAACUUUUUCCACAUGAUUCUGAAUCCAGAGGAAAAGUCUUCGGAGCUGGUUCUGUCCGAGCUCAUCAGUAACGUGAGGAACAGCUUGUGAAGUCAAGCUGCACUCAUGCAUUGUAAAAUAAUGCCAUUUGUUAAAGAACAGCACCGAUUAUGAAUUGGUGGCUAUGAAAUUAAUGUUAUAUAGUGCUUUUUACACAUUAAUAAACUAUUUUCACAACGUAA